AUGACCGUUGGUACUCCAUUGAGCCACAACAACGGGAGCAUUUGUAGUGUUGUCCGGCUAGUUUUUUUUAGCCUAGCUAGAGUUGUUCUGCCGUUGGUUGGGUAUAGUUAUUUUUAAAAUGAAGCUGCAGUGUUUAGUCGUGGCCCUUUGUUUCUCUGUGGGUGUAAUGGCCGGGAAAUACUCCCGUGAAGUAAACGAGCCCAAACCGAGCGGCGGUGAUGAGCAGACGGUGGAGUUCAGGAUAGCCAAGCUGAACCAGGUGUGGGAGAAGGCUAAAAGGAUGCAGCUGUCCCCUGUGCGACAGGCUGAACUGCACAGUGACCUGAAGAUCCAAGAGAAAGAUGAGCUGCAGUGGAAGAAGAUGAAGGUGGAGGGACUGGAUGAAAACGGGGAGAAAGAAGCCCAACUGCGACGUAACUUUAAUGUGAUCCUGGCCAAGUAUGGAAUGGAUGGGAAAAGAGACACUCGACCACUGGAGAGCAACUCCCUGAAGGACCAUGAUGCCAAAGAGGGAGACAUGUUUGAUGAUCCCAGGCUGGACAAACUAUGGAACAAGGCCAAGAGCUCAGGGAAGUUCUCCAGCGAGGAGUUGUCGAGUCUGAAGAGGGAGUUCCAGCAUCACAAGGAUAAGAUCCACGAGUACAACAUCCUCAUGGAUACUGUCAGCAGGACUGAGGAAAUACACAAGAAUGUGAUCUCCCCCCUGGAGGGUGACGCCAAAGAGCAUGUGCUGCAUCAGAAGCACACAGACCUGAAGCAGAAAAUGAGAGACCUCAACCAGGGCUUUGAGCGCCUCCGUAAGCUCAGCCACGAGGGCUUCACUGAAGACAGCGAGUUUCGGGAGCCCCGUGUGAUUGAGCUGUGGGAGGCUGCCAAGAGAGCCAACCUGAGCAAAGACGAGCUGGACUCUCUCAAGGAAGAGCUGCGUCACUUUGAGACCAAGGUAGAGAAGCACAGUCAUUACCAGGAGCAGCUGGAGCUUUCCCACCAGAAGUUGCUACACGUGGAGUCUUUGGGAGACAAAGAGCACAUCAAGAGGAACAAGGAAAAGUACAACACACUAGCUGAGAAGACCAGAGAGAUGGGCUACAAGAUGAAGAAACAUAUGCAGGACUUGUCCAACAAGAUCUCUGGUGAGGGACUCGAGCACAACGAGCUCUGAGAGGCACGGGAUCAUGAAGGUUGGACGAACUGAAAUAAUUCCCUCUACAACCACACACACAGCAUACGCUACGUUCCCCCAUUCCACCUCAACUACUGUAAAGAAAAAAAAUCAGUGUUUUCUACAUUUCUAGUGUUAUUAGUUGUUGAUUUCUUAUGCGAGGUUGCUGAAUGGAUGAUUUGUACAUAAUGAGAGAUUUAUAAAAAUCAGCUGAACUUAUUAGGUCACAGAUAAAACAAAGAAGGAAUAGUUUACAUGUUAAGUCUGGUACUUUGCAUUUAUUUGUACGGUUGGCAGGCAGGUGUAGAAAAAAUGUCUGGCUGUAAAUGUUGCAGUACUUCAGGCCUGCAAAUUUUGUGGGGGUGGUUGGUGAGGGAUAGACAGCAGCAGUUGAGUCACUCUUAACCAGCUGAUGUAGUUUAAGGGAGUACUUCAUCUUGCAGGAAUAUCGGCACAUUGCUGGCCAGACAGUUUGUCCACACCCAUCUGUCAGUAGUUGUGCAAGUAAUUAAUGCUACAUCAGAGUGGCUGUUGGUACGGUAGUAACUCAGACAUUAGUCGGCUGAAAUAUUGUGAUGCCACUGUUACCGUUUAAUCAAUGUGAAGAAUGCUUUGCAGAUUCAGGUUAGAAGCACUGAAACCCGGAAUCGUCAAAAUGUAACAGCAGUCUUUAAUCAGUAAGAUACAGGUGCCAACAACAUACAAACAGUAAUAUUUUAAAAAAUAUAGUUUAAUAUCAUUCUUAGUGUCUUGGCAUAAAUAAAAGCAGUUAUUAUUUACAAAUCCUGUAGAGAAAAGCAGUCCCUGUCGUGACAUUAACAGGCUAUUUUGGGAAAGUUUUUAUAACUCGCCCUCAUGUUGUUUCGCCUCCUGAGAUAUGCCGGUAGGGAACCGCGGCCAUAAAAAUAAAUUAGUGCCAAAUGUUGGACAAUUUGUCCUGAUGAUAUCAAGAGGGAGGUGAGAAAUUGGAACACACACUGUGCUUUCCCAUUCAUCAAUUCUGACCUGAAGCAGAGACAUUGAUUACUGUGAUGAAUAAUGUCCCUGGCUGGCUGAUUACUCAGUCAUGUCCUUCUUGGGCCACAUGGGCCUGGAUUAAUCUAAUUUGCAUCCGAGGUAUAACUCUAAGACGCUUAUUUCAAUCGAAUGCUUUUGAGCUCUGAUGUGGAAUGAUAGCCAAGCAAGCUGGGACUGUCGAUUGUGAGGCAUCAGUGCGAUGAGGCGGGCUCGAUCUCUCACCUUUUAAUAGGAGGUGUAACAACAAAUAGUGCCAUGCCAAGACAGUCUUAAAGUAAAUCUAGCUGGAAUUUAAAAGAAACUCCAGAUUAACAAAUUACAAUUUGCCAAGCACAGCAGCUGUCUCUUUGUCUCCUAGCUAUGAUAUCAGUGGUAAACAUUAGUGUUUGGUGCCAUAGAGAAGUGAAGUCCCUCCCCUUCCAGUGUCCCACAAGGGACCUUAUUUCUGUAUGACAAAGUAAUUUAACUUGUUUGAAUUGUGCCAUGAACUACACAUUUGUCAGUUUAAAAGAUGAAUUUGCAAUUCAAUAAAGUACCACAGCAAAAUACAGCUCUCGUCUCGCUCAACAUAGCUACGUCACCAAGACCAGCAAGUUAAGUAGCCUGGUAACGUAGCUAUGUUCUACUCAUGUUAUUUUUAAUUUAUGUGCCGAGUUUCAGCUUAAAACCGGCUAAAAAGCAACCUUGACAGCUCCUUUGAGUAGCUAUAGUCAGCAGAGGGAAUAUGUUGUAAGAAACAGCGUGAAAUGAAUACGCUUUAAAAAUUCACACAAUUAGUAGUUUUCUGCCAGCAUUCCUCUCAUGCCUUAGUUGAAGCAACAGUGUUGCUUUUUAAAUAGUCAAAGGCUGAAGUAGGCUGCACGUGAUCGAUCAUGAAAGUGUCAAUGAAGCGCUGAGGGUGGUUAUGACAUCACUUACAUAUUUUUGUAGUUUUAUAGUUCAACAGUUUUACAACAAACUGCAACUUUCUUGACUUGCAAAAUUACCCUUUAAACAUUCUGUGUGUAAUUUGUGGCACAAUUUAAAUGGGAUCAAAUAAUUAUUUGUCUCAAGAUUAACUACCCUACACAUUUUUUGCAAAAUAAGGUCCCAUUGUGGUCCACUGGAAGGGGAGGGACUUCGCCUCCUAAUCCCUCAUAAUUAAGGCUAUUGUAAUCCAUGUUUAACAGUCACCUGAGAGGAUCUUAAAAGAGGCAGAUAUAAGUGCCAUGCAGCCCAAAAGACAGUAAAAAAAGGAGCAUUUCUGGGAUAAAAAGUCUUCUAGAAAUGCAGGAAAGCUCCAACUUAAGUACAAGAAUAUGAGAACUUAACACAAAACGCAUCCAAGAUGGCAGCUGCAUAAGAGAUUACCCAGACAUUUCCUAUUUUCUUCUUAUUCUUAGUGGAAUGGAUUGUUUGUGGGAAUUUCUGUACACUGGCACAACUGUGGGUGUGUUAAGUACAACAAUGAUUGGUAUGAUCAACUACAGUUAAGCACUUCAGCUUAUUUUGAGAGAAUCAGCAAUGAAUUUUAAAGUGUCACCGAGUUGCAGAGUCAGUUCGGUGGCCCUCGCCGCCUGCUCUCCAGCUGAGUCAGUCUGUCCUCCCUGCCCUGAACAUGCUCCGCCCCCACUCUCUGAGCUGUUUCCAUGGCAGCGAUGUCAAGAUGGGCAUACCUGAUGGAACCUUCCUCUGGUCGGAGAAGGAGAAAACAUUUGUUUCUACUUUGUCACAUGCAGGAAAAAUAAGCAGCGACCUGUCCGUCCUUGAGAUGUUCAGUUACUUUUGCCACAUAUUAACUGAACCAUACACUAUGACCUUUUCUUCAUUGGUACUGUUGGGAUACAAAAAUGACUUUGUAUCAUACUUACAGGAUGUUACCUUGAAUUAUUGAAGAAAACUUAUGGGGACCAUGUAAACAACAGCAAAGCUAUACCAAAAUAUGUGUUUACAAACUCUCACACAACUCAUACAGUAUAAUCCAAGUCUCUUUUAUCCAGUCGUAUGCUCAGUACUUGCCAAACACGAAUUUUUACUAAAAUGUUAUUGAUUUAAAACAUAAUAUUCGAGUGGUGUGCCUGGGCAUGUGCACGCAUUUGAACUCUGAUCAAGUGGACCUCAGGGUGCACUACUUGUAGGCGGGAGCGUUUUACAUUGUAAUGUUUUAGCAAAAAAUGUGUUUGGGAAGUACUGAGCAUACGACUGGAUAAAUGAGACUUGGGCUAUAUUCCAGGAGUAGUGUAAAAGUUUGUAAAUGCUGUUAAAUGCAGACACCAUUUACUUGUUGCAGUACUUCAAACCUGCAAAUUCAAGGUAACACGCAGUAAUUACAAAUUGGGUAACACUUUGCUUGAGGGUAUCUACAUAAGAGUGAUAUGACACGGUCAUGAACAUUAUGUACAUGUCAAACGUUUGACUGCUGUCAUUAAGUGUCAUUCGGUUUUUGUCAUGACAAGUUGACAUUAAAUUUGUUUGGGAUGUCCUUAUAAUAACAACUUCACAUUUACGAGGAUGACGUUACCAGAAGAUGUCUUUAUGUUCAUGUCAAGUUGUCAUGACAAAAAGACAACUUCUGGUAAUGUCACUUUAAUGUCAACUUGUCAUUACAAAAAGCGAAUGACACUUAAUGACAGCAGUCACAAACGUUUAUGACAUAUACAUAAUGUUAAUGACAAGUUCAUGAAAGUGUUACCACAAAUUGUCAUGUGGGAGAAGUCUUCUUGUAAACCAUUAAUUUAAUCUAGUUGUAAGAAUGCAUAAAAUUACUUUGGAUGUUUAUAUUAUUACCUGUGUUGUAAAUUGCUUUAGGACACUUUUGUUAACUGCUUCAGUCCAUGAAUGUGAUUAUACCAGAAAAAUCAGCACAAUAAAUUGCAUUCAUAUGUCUUUUUCAUGAAUAAAUUGUUUCUCCCUAUUUA